AAUAUAGACAGCCAGGAGGGGACAACACCAAUGUUUUCCCAGGAACCCCCAAUUCGAAUUUCAAAAUAUUUAUUGGAUACCAAAGCAAGAGGAGGAUCUGUCUCCGUUGUAAAGCUUUGAAAUUUCUCUCGAAGCCUAUGGCGAACCCAUGUGAUUCUCUAUUCUGGGGAAUUACGUACAGCUAACGAUGUCAGAUUACAUACCCGAUGAACUAUUAAUUGAAAUUCUUGGAAGACUACCCGUAGCGUCUCUGCUUCGAUUCCAAUCCGUUUGCAAAUCGUGGUAUUCUCUCAUCACGAACCCUGGUUUCGUAACCAAACACCUCAUCCAAUCCAUUACAAACGGCAAAAGAAACGGCGACAAGUUUCUCGUUAGGCUUUAUGAUAUUAAUAAAGAGCGAUAUCUAUUGCUCAAUGAUGAUGACAAAUUUGGUCGUGAGUAUUUGGAAUUCAAGUUUCCAUUUAAAAUCCCAUUUGGGUAUUUUCGGGUUGUUGGUAGCUGCAAUGGGUUGCUAUGUGUAGUUGGUGAUUAUUUCACUGACAAGGCUCAGAUUAUGAUUUGGAACCCUUCGACUAGAAAGUCGGUAACUCUUCCCAUGGCCCCUAAGCCACAAGGCCCGCAUAUGUGUGUUUAUGGAUUUGGUUCCCACCCCACAACUCAUGAGUAUGGGGUGAUUAGGAUCCAGUAUGGGAUCAUUGAGAUGGGGGAAUAUGUUUUAAAACUUCCUCCAAAAGUUGAAAUUUACACACAAGGAACAAGAUCGUGGAGAGGCAUCAGUUCUGCUGUACCUUCAUAUCGCAUUGUCAACUAUAUGUGGUGUCAGGCCUUUGUUGAUGGAGCUGUGCAUUGGGUUGCCUAUGAACCUUGUGUUGGGGGUGGUGUUCGAAACUUGAUUAUGUUGUUCAAUUUGGCUUUUGAAACAUUCUGUGAGUUUAAGCUACCACCAACUCUAGCAUAUCAACCUCCACCAUCAUUAUCCAUUAAGACAUUUGGGCAAUCACUGGCUGUGUUAUGUAGUGGACCAAGGGAUGCUGGUGGCUGCUGUAUUUGGGUGAUGAAAGAAUAUGGAGUUGCAGAAUCUUGGACUAAGCUAUUCAGUUCUAAUCUACUAGGAAUGCCGAACAAGACAUUGGGGUUCAGGAGAAACGGUGAAAUUUUGCUAGCAUCAGAUAACUCUCUGGCUUCUUAUGCCCCUGGAACCAACACAUUGGCAACAACUGGAAUUAAGGGGAGUUCACGUGCAUUUUAUGUUGACCCCUUUAUGCAAACCCUUGUUUUAGUUUAAGAAAAGAGAUGAUGUGUCUUAUGACUCCUAUGGGCAGUUUAACCUUUUGUGAUGCUUGGCUACCAACUUCCAAAGAGGAAAUGGGGAUAGAGUGGAAAACACAGCAGUUAUGAAGGUUGUUAGUGAAAGCCAACGCAGUUGUGCGAAACAAUAUGUAAGGCUUUUUGUUUUUCCAUUGAAGCAAUCUAUUUCCCUCGGUAAUACUUGUUGUUCAGCGACUAGGUGCAAACUUCCAACUUUAAAAUUGUGUCAAUGGACUCACAAAUGCAAACAUUCGUUUUGAUGCCAUAACAUGUCGAGAUUGCUAUU